AUUCAUUUUAACAUAAUUCUCUGUGCUAUGAUUUUAUCGACAAAGUCAGAAAAUGGAUGUAGCGUAGUUCCCAACCAAAAAUAGAUGUACUAGCGAUAGUGUACGGACAAUUUCGACGGUGACAGGAAAAAGACAGGCAUGGCCUUUCUCAAGUUUCUCUUAGUUUCUUUCUGACAGAAUCAAGUCAAGGAACUAAGACCAAGAGAGAGAAUUUUUGCUGUACUGGAUUCUAUUUCUGACGAUGCUACUCAGCUACUGCAUGCAUUGCAUGUGUCAACAAAAUAUAAAAACAAAAGAACACAUGAUGUUAAUUGGAUAAAUUGUCAAUAGUAGGUGGGCAAAUACAUUGAUGUACUAUCGAUCCAUGACUUAAAAUAUGAUAAAAUAACAGAAGAAAUGAAUAUAAAAGUUGAUAUCGAAUAUUGUGGUUCAUGCGGGCACAAGAAACACUUUCUUGAAUUGGCAGAGGAAAUAAAGAAAAAUGUCCCCAAUGCCACUGUCUCUGGUACAGCAGGAAGGCAAGCUUCGUUCGAAGUGCAAGUCAACGAUGAGCUAGUAUACUCUAAACUCGAAACUCUCGCGUUUCCAGACUUUGGUGCAAUUGCGGAUAUGAUCAAAGAUGUAUCUGCGGGUAAACCAGUGAAGAAAAUUGAGCCUCAGACUGCGGACUGUAUAUUAUUAUAAAUACAUUUUAUUAUAAAUCAGGUACAAAAUAAAAAUCAUUUUAUUGAUAGAGAAAAGGAGGCCCACAUAUUCUCUUGUCCCCUUAUUCCAUAACCACAAUUUUUUUCUUCUACAAUUUUUUUUUUUUAAUUAUGUUCAUUCUAUAUACUCAAUUAUACUGUAGGUAGUUCUUCUAUCUAUAGUAUUAUUGGUCUCUAUGGCUAACAAUCUUGUAUUCAAGUAGCUAAUAUAUGAAUACUGAGUUAUUUCAAUAAAAUACAAUAGUAUUUAUUUUCAUAAUCCCUCCUUUCCUCUACAAUAAUACUAAAUACUUAAGAACAAUAUAAGAUUCUUCUGUAAUUUGCUCAGGAUUAUACGUAAAGUUCAGAAAUCAUUUAGAAAUUAUUAGGAAUAAUAAAUGUGAUCGCCAAUCUUAAGCAUACCCUGCGUAUUCUCCAAUCUAGUUAAGUAGAUUCCAAAUCUCAACUUUCCAUGGAACUUUUCCGCUAAUGUUCUCAAUGGUUCGAUAGUCUUUUUACCAGUUGUUUGAUCAAUGCAUAUCAUUUGACAUCUUGUGCAAGGACCAUUUAUCUGCCAAUUAAAUAAAUGCAUUAUAGCAAUA